AUGGAAUCCGCAAAGCCUCCUCCUGCUACUCCCAUAUGUCUUCCUAGGUCGAUCUUCGACGACAUUGGCUUGAACUUAAUUCCCCAAUCUGCAUCGGAUGUAUCCUGGAUCUACUCGGAGCUCUUCGGCAGGUAUCGCCACUGGGUCAUGUGUGGCGGCCUGAAUCCGUCGUGCGAUGUCAUCCCUCCAGACCUCGAGGUCCCGCAGGAUCCCCCGGAUCCUCAGGACAGUUUCAGCGUACUGGGGAAAGGAGAUCAUAGCAGCUUUCUCCAUGUUGCAGUAAUACUGACCGAUGUCCCUAUGGCAUACGAGUGCAUACGUCUGGGCACAAUGGUCAACCGCCAAGACGCUAAAGGGCGCACACCUCUUCUUUUCACGCUGGUUCUGAUACUCGAUGCGAUGUGGACAUUUUGGGGGUCUCAGGAGGGUUUGGACACUCUGCCUGGGCGAUUUCGAUUUCCUUCCCUCCCUCCGGACCUCAUGGCCAACCAAAAAGGCCAACCGCGCAAUAGAGUGUGGUCUUUAACGCAGAUAGUUCAUGUGCUCCUACAACAACAUGCAGAUCCAAACAUCAAAUCCUCCGCGAACGAGACUUGUCUCCAGCUUGCGUGCGAGGCCAGACAAUGGGAACUCGUCGACAUGCUUCUCCAGCAUGGCGCAGAUUCUGCCCCCCAAGGUUCUCCCAACCUCAUGUCUCUCUUUAGCGACUUCGAAGAGCAGGAGCACCUGACCGAGCUCCUGGCAGCUCAUGUAAAUCCCAAGCGUCCGGAGCGCCUCUGUCCAUGUUUCUCUGGAAAGACCUUGGCUCGGUGUCACGCUGCUCGUGCUCAACCAUAUCCGAAGGGCUUUAUUUGCCGGUGCGGCUCUGGAAAGCAGUACGGCAAGUGUUGCCUCAAGCGUUCUGCACUGCUCUCAGAGAGCUGGUCCGACAAAGAGCAAAGACUCGCGGCCAGUGGUGUAUGGCUUAGUCGACCGACAUUCGACCCGCGCAACAUCGACCAAGAGCUCCGUCGCGUCUUGAACGCAUUCACGGAUUACGCGGGACGCAUACGCCCCGACGAGGCCUUCAUUCAGGCGCGGGUCGCUGCUGAGCUGCUUCACGUAGGAGACAUCAUCGACACACUUUCUCGCGAGGGGCUUGGAGAUGUUGCCUUCAUCGCUGUCAUGAAGAAGCUGUCUCCAUACAUUGUCAUGCCGUAUGAGAAUACUCUCCCGAAGGUCGGAUGUGAGAAAGCCGCAAAGGCCUGGAACGACAGCGUAGAUCUGUACAUCGAGACGAUACCCAAAUCGAUCGAUGCGCGUCCUCGGAUUGAGAUCGAGAAGGUCGCGAAGGUUGCGAACGAUGGAGGACCGCUAUACAAGCGAUGCGAGGCGACUGGCUGUAUGGCGGCGGAAGGCGUUGACGGGGCGAAGAUGAAGAAGUGCACCGGCUGCAAGAGGAUCCUGUAUUGCGGGUCUGCAUGCCAGGCGGCCGAUUGGUCUCAGCACAAGGCGAAGUGCAAGAAUGGGAGCCAUCCGCUGCAGAUGCUCCCUUCGCAGGCGGAAUUCCGUGCGCAACUCGACGGGCUGUUGCGGGAGUCGUUGAAGAAGAUACAGAAGAUGCAGAACAUGGAGGAGGCCUUCCGAGGAGACGUGUCGGCUGCGGCUGGUAUAUCUCUGGCAUUCACUGUUCAUGCAAUAGGUGUACAGCAGGGCUUUACCUCCGGUGCUGACGGAGUGGGUGGCAAAUCUUGA